UCCAAAGAACACUGCAAUUUGCGAUGGAAAUGAAUACGAGGCGAAAGGUUGCAGUCUAACGCCGUGCCUUGGGGACAGUACCAUUGAUUCUAAUCUUAUAAUACAACGUGCAUCAGAGACAUGUCAAAGACUAAUUGAUAACAACAUCAUUAAUGGAACAGAAUAUACAGCUUCAGGAACUAUUUACUCAUCAUUUAAGAUUUGACUGUGCCAAUACACUUAAUUCUGGUGUACGUGAUGGAUGUGGUGUGUGUAAUGGUGAUAAUAGUACAUGUAUUAUCCGAGAGGGAAAUUUUACUGAUGAUGUGGCUCAAUGGGUACGAAGGGAUUGGACAGAAAUUCCUGUUGGUGCAUAUAACAUAGAAAUAUCAUUUGUAUAUAAAGAUAUGAAGCAAUAUUAUACAGAAAUAUUCAAUAAAGACGGGACUUCAAUUAUAACGAGUAGCAUUAACGAUGGUAGCAGAAAAUUUCAAACUGGAGAUAGUCCGGUCAAUGUUGAUGGAACUUUGUGGCAUAAUGAUGCUUAUGUUGCGAUAAUGCAUGCCGAAGGACCAUUGACAAAGCCGGUAAUAGUGAAGGUAUACAGUUUCGGAUCGAACAUUAAUACUGGAAUAAAAUAUAUUUACUCUGUGCCCACCAACAAAAAAACCAGUGAACAGUUUACUGUUCGAACAAGUGAAUUGAUAACAACUCUAUCUGCUGUCGAAAUAGAACCGUCCAAGGAUAUAGCAACUGUAUCAUUAAAUCAUUAUUCUACAACUAAACCGAUAACAACAAACAUAUCUUUUUUGACGGAAAAGUCUUCAGUUGCAACAUAUGAUCCAGUGUCGACAACCGCAUCAACAAAACAAGAUUCAAAGGCAACAUUUAAUAACAUUCAUAUAUUCAUUUUUGUUGUUUCUGUUAUGGUUUCGGUUGGAUUAUCUGUUAUGUCUUAUCGUUUGUAAUCAAAAUAAUUAUAAAAUUGCCUUCCCAUAACACCAUUGUUAUCAAAAUUCUUUAGACGAGUAUUGUGAAAAUAAUUGUAUAAAGUUCGAGAUGUUUGGGUUUUUUUUCUUUUUUGUUCACUUCAGUGUUCCUGUUGCUCGUUUGUUUUCCUCUUAUAGUUGAUAUUUUUCCCUCGGUUUUAGUUUGUAACCCGGAUUUGUGUUUUCUCUCAAUCGAUUUAUGACCUUUGAACACUGGUAUACUACUGUUGCCUUUAUUUAUAUCAACAGAACAAGAUUCAUUAUCUAAAUUGAUACCAACAAAAACAUCUAUUUCAACUGAACAAUCUACAGAUACAUCGAUAGAAUCUGUAACAGAUAAGACUGACAUUUCUACUAAUUUGUUGUUCGGAGCCAGUGACAAAUCAACUAGAAAUCCUGCGAGUUUAACAAUUACUUCCACAUUGACUGUAGGCUCACCACGUAGUUUAGAAAAUAAAACACGAAAAAUACACGAUGUAUCUAGGAAUGACGCAUCUAGUUUAAAAACAAUUGCAAAGUUUAACCUUGUGCUCAUUGUUGCCAUACUUAGUAGUUUGCUAUUCGAUGUUCAGAGUAUUAUGUCUUUGUGUUUCUUCGAGGGUUAUUCCAUUCAGGAAACGAUCAGAAAAAUCAUUCUCAACAAGAAAACAACAAACAACUUGGAGGAAAAAUAGUCACCAUGUAUUCACAGAAAAAUCAACCCUAUCCUUUAUAAACGGGACGAUUUCAACUUCCCAAUUAUCAAUUUCCCAUUUCUCAGUAGUAACAUACCCUCUGCUCCUUCGUAUGGUGUUUACAUAUCUCAAUUGCUACGUUAUUCUCGUGCUUGUUCACACUAUACGGACUUCAUAUACAGGAGUGUGCUCCUUACGCAGAGACUGCUCCAACAAAGUUAUGAGCAGGACAGAUUAAAAAUGACACUCCGUAAAUUUUACGGACACCAUCACGAAUUGGUUGAUCCAUACGAUGUGACUUUGUCCAAACUAACUAAGGACAUUUUUACCACGUGUUAGAUUGUGGUUUGUCAUUACGUCGUCUGAUCUUUUAAUUACCGAACGUGACUUAUUCCCGAUUGUGACUGUUUUGCUGAGUGUGAAACCGUAUUGCUAUAAGACGUGUCACGGUACUUUUCUAUCCCAAAUUCAUGUAUUUCAUUUUGAUGUUAUAUUUGUUAUUCUCGUCGGAUUUUGUCAAAUGUCUUAACGUCUUUUCUGUUAUAUUCGUGUGUUAUGGUAAAGAUAAUUAAUCACCCCCUUCAUUUAUUAGAUUUUAGUUUGGUUCAACGAAAUUUAUACGAUAUAUUUGGUUUACAGUUUGAUUCAGAAGAAACACCGACAUAGCUAGAUAAUACAAUUAAUUAUCUAAUUACUACCACAAUUUGAUAUUAAUAAGUAUUGUUAUUUUCAUUGUUAUUAAUAAAUGUAAUGUCAGUAUUACCAAUCUAAUCUUGAA